AUGUCGCCCAUUGUGCCAGGCAGCGACAUGUUUGUCGACAAAAUCAACCCUAGCAGCAAGGCGAAGAAGAAAACCGCUGUAAAAGUGGGCAGAAACUCGGGAAAAACCAAGGCAGCCCGAGAAACAAAUUUCAAUUCCAUAAUUCAAUCGCUGAGAAGCCAAAAUGAGCAACAGCAAAAAUUGAUCGAAAACCUAACGAAACCAAUUGAACAGCUGAGGAAAGACCUUGAAAACUCAGCAGACAUGCACAUGUUAGCUAAACAAGCUAAAAUCAAAGCACAAGAGUGCACGAAAGCCGGAGAAGAAGGAGCGGCGGAAACCUUCAAAGCUCUAGCAAGUAUGAUCCAAGAACAGACUGCCAAGGCAGUACCAACAAUCAUAACAAUCAAGGAAACCACCCCUCCUCCUCAAACCCCUCCGAAAACCGUAAUUUCCAUACCGGAAAAAAUGGAAAUAGAGGAAGAAAAACAGAAGGGACUAAAGAGGAAAGCCUCAUCAAGCCCUCCCCCAAAAGCUUCGACCUCAGCAGCAGCCCCCACCCCCCAAAAAGGCAACGACGAGCCAACCAAAAAAACCGCUAUUCCCCCGAUUGUGCUAAAAACACCGGGAGAAUGGUCCACGGUUAAGAGAAAACUAGAAUCCAAUGGAAUUAAAGUUCCAUUAGUAAAACUCAUGAGAGGAGGCUUGAGAAUACAAACAAACAAUGCAAACGAGUACCGAACAACCACAAAAAUCCUAGAACAGGAUAAACAUGAAUAUCACACCUAUUCGCUCCCCGAAGACAAACUACUGAGUGUAGUGAUGAGGGGAAUCGAUAUGAGUGUAGAGAUAUCAGAAAUAGAGGAAGAUCUGAAAAACAAAGGGCUUGAAAUCAAAACAGUCCAUAGGAUGAAAUCCUAUAGGACCAAGCUGGAUUUACCGCUUGUAAUAAUUCAAGUCCCAAAAUCAGAAACCAAAAUCUGGGAAAUCAAGGAUUGCUGUAGUUACAUAGUAAGAAUUGAGGCCCAAAGACAGAUCAAAAAUCAAAAAGGAACUGCAGAUGUCUGUACAGAUGCGUCAAGUGCGGAGAUCAGCAUCCCACAGCCGAUUGCACGAAAUCCCGCGAUACUGAUGCUAAAAGCAGCUCCCAUCGCUCGUGUUUACAGGGGAAACCCCGCAAACCAACGCGAUCCCAGCGCUAAGAAUACUUGGCGUUCCCGCCCAGCCCCAAAACCUGGCGGCCAAAACCCCAAACCAAGCGUACCCAGUGCGCUUCCACCCCCCACGCAACUCCACAACACUGCCAAAGUGCAGAUGUCAAGUGGAAGCCCGUCUGACGGAUCAGUGUUUGCGACAGGCAUCACUGUGCGAGAGACUGUCCAGAGACAGACUUUCAGCCCGUCCACCCCCGCCGCCAUUGAUAUUUCGCGUCAAACGUACGCUGAAUUGAUCACUGACGACCCCCAGUUAUCUAAAAUGAGGAUAGUCCACCUCAAACAACGCAACAGUCAGGCCCUAACCAUUGCAGAACAAGACCUUCUGACUCUGGUUCAAACAACAUCGUUCUGUGUCCCAGAACCACUGAACCUACAGGUUCGCCAACUAGAAAAUGCCUUCCCCGCAUAUCCUGUCAACACAGGAUUUUGCUUUGAGUUCCUCCAAGCAGUGUCUAGUGCUUUAGCAAGUACACGGACAUUCAAGAACACAGACAUCGUGUUCUCCACUCUCGCUGAAGCGGGAGCCCAAUCACAAACAGUGAUUUCCCGGCCCAUAACUCAGGCCAACCAUCCCAAUAUCAGAGGAGAGCAAAGACCUACCUCCCUGACCCAAGAGCAACCAGCCGUUUACGGCUCCGCCAUCUUCUUCGACUCACAGUUGAUGAAAGAACCCGGCCCCAACAAAAACCAUGCAACGUGGUGUUGCAUCAAUUUUCCACCAGAACAAAUUCCAGUAGCCUGGAAUCAAAAUCGCAAUGCAAGGAGAAAUCUUCCAAUUGCGUGCAUGCAGCAAACCUUCCAAGUUGUAUCCCUUAAUGGACUCAUCCAUCGGAUGAAUGUCAUUAAGAGCCUAGUCUUAGGCAAGCGUUAG